CUAGGAUGUAUUAAAAGGGAAAUAAGACAUUUUAUUGGGUAGAGAUUAUAAGAGUCUUCAAGGUCUUAGCAGUGAUUAGUGCAUAACAGAGGCUGAAUGUUCUAAUCAGAAAACCUUAAGCAAUACCAAGAAAAGAAAACCAUGAAGAGAAAUGUCAGCAGCCUUCUGACGCAUUUUGUGAUAAGAGCAAUCUCUUUUUAGCAAAUAAACCUCUAUUGUCAUUAAUCACACACUAUUUGUGGGUUGUCCAUUUCCCCUGAAUCUCUAGAACAAAUCCUCCAUGAAUAGGGAAGACACACCACAUACUUUUAAGAUUUGAUUUAGCUGUUAUCGAUUUCCUCUCAAUCUCAUUCUCUUAUUCUCUUGAAUUUAAGUUGUCUUCCCCCUUUACUUAUUUGAGGUCAGAAGACUUCCAGGUAAGACUUGCCUCUGCUCAGGUUUGUCCCCAAAUAGUGAGAUAGCUUUCUGUAAGAUGUUACUACGUGUAAAUUUUUUAGCAGUCUGAGGCAUUCAUCAUCUGUAAUUUGAUAUGCACAGGUUGAUGUGUAAGUCUGUCCCACAAGACUGAAGGCGGACCACAAGUCCUCAUGGCUAGCAGUGCACCCCAGAUCUCUGGCUUCCACCGGAUCCUCUUCUUGAGACGAACCUGUCUCCUGAAGUCCAGCCUGGAGCUUGUUCGCUAUGCUGCUUGGGAGUUCAGACAGGCUGUCAGGAGUUGGGACAGUGUUGAGUCCUCUGGAGGACUAUGUUGAUGGCACUGCAACCACUCCUGCAUUAUCACAGUCAACAGUUGCUGCAACAAGAACAUCUGUACCAACACCAACCACAACACCAUCACCAUCUCCUACUUUGAAAUCAACCGUUACAUCUCCCAAAGGAACACCUAGCCCAGAAUCCUUUAAAACAUCUCCACCAACGGUUUCUUCAUUAAACACAACAGUUAGCGGUGAAGAAGCCACAACCAGUGUCACGAAGGGGGAGUUCAUCACUACAAAUACAACAGUUACAAGUCUUCCAGUUUCUGAUGCUGUUUCAACAUUACAAAGUUCCCACAACAAGACUGAGAAUCAGAAUUCAACCAAAACAACAGAAAGAACAGGUAACACUCUACCACCAGAUACAUCACCUUCUAAAACCAGUAAAUUACCCUCAAUAACAAUGCCAGAAAACGUCUCACAGUCUCAGGAAACAGGCACUGAAAAUGCAAAAAAUGCAAGCUCCUCUUCAACUAACCCCUCUUAUUCCAGUAUUAUUUUGCCGGUGGUUAUUACUUUGAUUGUAGUAACACUUUCAGUAUUUGUUCUGGUGGGUUUAUAUCGAAUGUGCUGGAAGACAGACCCAGGCGCGCCAGACAAUGGAAACGACCAGCCCCAGUCCGAUAAAGAGAGUGUGAAGCUUCUCACUGUUAAGACAAUUUCUCAUGAGUCUGGUGAGCACUGUGCACAAGGCAAAACCAAGAACUGACAGCUUGAUGAAUCCUCCCCACACCUGGGCAAGAAAUAUAGCUAUGCCAUGCCCUGGCUUGUGCUGGACCAUCUGUCGGCUGCAGAUGCUCUAUGAGGACGUCAGAGAUAUCCUGCUCUACAGUCUUCUCCACAGACUAAUGCUUGACAUGGACUCUGGCCACUCUCUGCUCUUCAGACUGCUCCAAGGCCAUGGCAGCCAGUGUGCGGCUUUCCCCAAACAAGGCAACAGUGCAAUCAUCUCUAGCAAAGGCCCUGCCUCUUCCAACCAUGCUGUGAAAGAGCAGAGGGCAGGUCUCCAUCCCUGGUACCACUGCCCGCUUCCACCCACACUGUAUCAUCCUCCUCCCAGAUUCGAGCAAACCACCAGCACUGCAAUCAGCUGCACAAUGACAUCUCACCCCUGCCAGGGCGGGCUCCUGCCCCUUUUCCACUUGAGGCACAGAAGCCUCCAUCUCCUGCUCCUUUUUGGACCAACACAGAAAGUUGUUUAUGCACUGAAAAGAAGAAAAUCUCAAAGUAAAAACCAAAGCACUGGCUCUCCUUCCUGUGAGAUGCCUGUUCCUUCUUCUCCCUGAUGAGUACACAGCGGCAAAGCAGGAAAGUUGCCCAUAAAUUUCAUAAUUACUCACCCCAUCAGCCCGAGCAACAGACCCCGAACUGUGCCCCUUUGUGAUAGGGUAUGUAUAGCUAAGAGCUUUAAUCAGAAGAAGAAUAUGAUGAUAUUUGUGCUUAAGACACAUCACUGAGUAUAUAAUGUGAAAACUCAUUCAAGAGGUGUUAAGAUUGGAAGCAGAGAAGUCAGAGACUACUGCAGUAUUCCCUAGGGAAAGGGGAAAAGAACAAGAGCUUUAACCAGGUCUGCAGGGACUGUAGGAAUGGAGAUGAAGAGGCAGAAUAGAAUAGAGAAGCAACUGGAAGAUAGGGAUUCUCCAGAGGUGGUGAUCGAUUGAAUGUGGGAGUUGGGAAUAAGGAAAAUUAGGACUAUAGAUGUUGUCCACACUUCUAUCAUGGCGCCUGGAUGGAUCCUGGAGGUAACAGCAGAGACUGGGAUCCUGGAGUGAGAGGGCACAGGUUCAGGAGGCAAUAUAGUGGUCUUCCUUUCAGACACGUGGAGUUUGAAGUGCUUAUGAGACAGUCUAGUGACUGUAUUGGGUGGGAAAGAAUUCAGCUAGUCAUGAGCAUUUCUUACCAAGAAACGGUCUCCCCAGCAUCUCUACUUCUUCACGUUCUUGGAAUCUGAAUGUUUUCCCCCCCACAGACUUAAUCUUCACCUUCUAUGCUCCAGGUGUAGAAAAGGAGAAAGCUCUCUGGAAUUAAUGCUGACUUCCAGUCCUGCUUGCCAGUCUGCACCAGUCACCUGUCUCAAUAAAGGAAUGUCCAGAUGAAUGCAAUAAUUGGAGAGAAUCAAAAAGAAUCCUGGGCCUCUCUUGCCCUUUGAGACAGGAAAAAGCACAUUACUACAUCUUAUAGGAGUGUUCCCAGGAGAGUGAAUUUGAGGAGGGGCAUUUAUGAGCAGUUAGCCUAACAGCCCAGGCAGGUGGGCUCGGAGAUGACACGACCUGCCCUUGCAUCUCAGGUUUCCAGAGCCAAAAGCUUUCAUCCGUGGAAACUUCCUACUUUCUUGAUGUUCUCAUAUUAUCUAAUGUUUGUAUUUAUUGUUUUCCACUAUGUUAAUUCAGGGAAAAUUUGCAAGUCUAUUACUAAAUAUUAGGUAGAAAAAAUGCCAUGCCACUUUGUACAUAAAUAUAUUUUAUUCAUAUUUCCAUGUGUUACUUUUAAUAAAUAGUUACUGGACUCAACACACAAAAUUUCAUAAUGUGAUGGUGAAAAUGACAAUGGUAUUAUCUUCCCGUAAUUAUGAAUAUUUUUGGAUUGAUUAUUAGAAUAUGAGAACUCACUAAUGAAAGGGAUCUGUCGUAGGUGAGAAAGGGACGGAUUCACUUAUCAGCCUCUGGUAAGGGAACCGACUCACCAUUACCAUUGACUUCCUAUUUGUAAUUCACCUGUGUGACAAGGAUGUAAGGGCAUUUGUGACACUCUGUACUGCAUUCAAUAAGAGAACAGGAUAGAGAUUUUUCACAAUUCUUUUGGUUGAUAAUAUUUCUGUGCAUGUUUAAUGUUUUUAGAAAUGUAAUGAUUUGUUCUAGCAGUCUUUCUUAAAUCUCCAUUUUGUAGAAGCCAACACUUCAUAAAUACACGAUUGUGAUAUUAUUUUUCAGUGUAUCAUUUUCUUAAAAAUAUCAUGUGACUCUAGGUGUCACUCUAUCAGAAGCAAACUCUUCUCUUGAAAGCUAACUCAUGAACUUUGACGAUUUCCUGGACACAUGGGAUCAAAGUGUCAUGUUGGUUGAAGUUCUAUGGAAAGUUUUGGGACUAAUAAGCUGCCAGUGGCAGCUGUUUAACUUUUAUGGUUACCUAAGCUUAUCUUGAUUCCAAAUUAUCUCAGUGUUCGAGGGCAGCAUAGUGGAGAUGGAAUGGUGUAUUUGAAAUUGCCUUUUAAAUCCUUUUUUUGUUGCGAUGUAUUUGAAAACUUCCAGCUUUAGGGAUUAUAUUAAUAAAUCAUCUUGGUUUUAGCUUCCUGAUGUCUGGACUAAUUCUAAUCAAAGACAUCUGGCAAGCAUAUCUGUAUUUCUUUCUGUUUCUUUGAGAAGGAAUAUGGGAAAUAGAAAGAAAAGAAGGAAAAACAGAAGGAAGGAAGAAAGGAAGAAAAGAAGGAAGGAGGAAAGAAGGAAAGAAAGAGAAUAAAAAAGAGCACGGAUCUCCAAUACAUAUACUUUCCCUUCAGGGCUGCUUCGCCCUUGCUUAACUCUAACAUUGAAGUCUUUAACCGGGUGCAACAGUGGCUGGACUGCACCCCUCAUGGAGCAUUUGUCUUCAGAAGGAAAAUAUUCCAACCCUCCAGGAUGCUUUACUGAGCUCCUCAGCAGAUGCCUUGUAAUACAGAAAGCACUGCAAAGAAACAAGUUCUCCUGAAAUUUAAAUUAUUACAAGAGAUGUAUUAUUCUGGUUUCUAGAAAACUAUUUUCUUGAUCUUUCAUAGCAUUGUUGGAAGAGAGUUUAAAAGGAUCAGGAGAGAGGAAAGCUCUUUAAUGACAAUGAAAGAACGAAAUUCACUCUAGUUCAAGAAUUGUAUAUAAAGAAUGUGCUUUAAAUUAACAAGUAUAACAUUAAAUCCUUAAAAAAUCAAGGUGAUAGAGGACUGAAGAAUUUGCAGAUAUAUGCAUGGCAUUUUGUAGCAUCCAUCUCAGAGAUAAUGUCUGCAUUUUUACAAAUCAACUUAAACUUCCGUUGAAAUAGGAUAUUUUGUUUUCAAGCAAAAAUUAUCAUUAAUUAGAUGUUUUUAAAUUAUCUGAUUUAAAUGAUCUACUUUUUAUGCCUGACUUACUAUAAGCUUUUUACUCUGAUAUACAGUUCAAAUGCCACUGUGGCAAAGGAAAGGCUGUAUUUAGAUCAAAGGCAAACUUUUAUAUGUGUUUGUUCUGCAUGACAAUAUGGCUAUAAUUUAAGUCUAUCAAUAGUCAAGACAUUAACAAGAGCUCAUUGUCAGCUGAGAAUACUCUGCUGUUGUCAGCUGACACACUGGCAGGCAUUAGCCAGCAGAGAAAGACUUCUAAAUUCUUCUUGCUGAGCUGAAAAACUCCAUUACAUAUCUGACAAACCUGUGUCUUAUUUCUUGUCUACCUGCCAUCUUUAAGUUUGUAAGGAUCAACAUAGAACAUCGUCAAACCUUCAACAACAAACAUGCAGGCUCUCCCUAACAUUUUUCUCUGUUAAGCCUGACUUAUGGCCAUUCAACAUUUUAUGAAGUUCUAAAAAGAAAACUGGAUAUGUUCUUUAAAAGUUGUGUUUUGAGUGACAAUAGUCUCAAGACAAUGAAACUUAAUUUUUGCCUAAUAUUAAAGAUAUCCAUCAUUGUAAUUAAAUAAUAGGUACUCUGAACUGAGAAUUUGUGAUGGAUUAUCCACAGAUCUUCCCUUUAAAAUUUCCCCGCAAACACAAAGAAGACUUCUCAUGUUCCAUUACAUGAAUAUACUUUGUCUUUGCUUCAAGGGGAUUUGUCUUGAGGGCCUGAACAUACCUGUUUUCUGUUCUGGAAAGAAACAGAACAAAACGGCUUUGAUAAAUAAUGAAAAAACAUCCAUCUUGUCCAUCAAUAUUACAUUCCUGAACUUGAAGUUGGAAUUCUGCCAAAGUGAUCAUGGACAAUAUUAUUAAUUAGCUAACUCCGUAUUCAACACUCACUCUGUGCCAGGAACAGUGCUAAAAAAUAAAAAUUUCACAUUCAUUAUCUCAGUUCAUCAUCACAAUAAUAGUAAGAGAAAAUUUCUAAUAUUAUUAUUUUUAGUAUUAUUAUCAUCAUCAUAAGCAUCUCCAUUUUAAAGAUAUAGAAACCAAGACAGAAAGUUAAAUAACUUACUCAACGUAGUACAAGUAAUAAACAGCAAAAAUUUGGUUUCUAACAAAAUCUCAAAUCCUUGUUCUUCAUCACUAUACUAGUCUUUCUAAUCUCUAUACUUAUCUAUAGAAAGAGGUAAAAGCAUUAUGCUCCUGGCCAUAGUUAAAAACAGGGACCAGAUUUAUUGUCCCACUAUAAACAAUUUAAAAACUGGACAACUGUUUUAGACAAUGGAUAACAGGCAAAGCUGGACUAUGAUCCAUGAGAAGAGGGAAACAAAAUUAUGAGCCGUAUGAAUGCCCUUUGACAAGUUCUAGAUCAGAAAGACCUCAAAAAAUCUGCAUAUGGGUCACUUUGUAUCUGUUGAUAAUGGGAUAUUAAGCUAUGCACACACUUAGGGUAAAGCUCCUGAAGCCAGGUAGAUAACCAAUAAGGAGUUGUAUGCUGAGAACUCUUGGCUAUCAUACAGGGCAGAGAGACACUCAAGGUCUGACCAAUGAUACUGGAAAAUCUUCAUUGAUUGCCUUGAUUAAGGACCCCAGAAGAUCACACUUGGGUAGUUGGGCUAAAAUACCCUUAAUAACAACUCUAGAAAAGCUCUAACACAGUUUAAAAGCCAGUCUUGAAAGAAUAAAGCUGUUCAUUCAUAAAAUAUUUAAAGGCCUUCCAGAACCAAAUCUGACAAUCUUUUAUAAAGACAACAAAAUAUAGCAAAAACAGCUCAACAACAUAAAGUUCCAAAUAUUCAUCAUCCAAUCUAAAAUCAUAUUUGUUGUUAGUUCCAUUGCCCCCUAGCAACCCUGUCUACGGUAGAGUGGAACCCUGCUUGAUCUUUUUGUGCCAUCCUCUCACUUCUAAUGCGAUAUCAGACAAUGCUCCACUGCUAUUCGAAGGAUUUUCAUGAGCAAUUUUUUUUACGAGUGGGUGCCAGGCCCUUCUUCCUAAUCUGUCUUAGUCUGGAAACUCCACUGAAACUUGUCCACCAUGUGUGACCCUGCUGGUAUUUGAAAUAUCGUUGGCAUAGCUUUCAGCAUCACAGCAACUAAAAUUAUAUACAUGUCCCCAAAGAGGUAAAUUGUGAAACAUAACCACGAGAAAAGUUAGCUAAUAAAAAUGGACUUGGAAAUGACAAAGAGGAUGGACACCUCACAACUAAUUCCAUGAGUCUAGUAUUAGCCUAAUAACAAAACCAGCCAAAGAUAUUACAAGAAAGAAAAACAGAAAAUAUUAAAACCUGUAGGCUAAUAGCUCUCAUGAACAUAAUACCAAAAUAGCAAAACCACUAGCUAAAUAUUAGCAAAUAAAAUUUAACAAUGUAAAAAAAUAAGUGAGAUUUAUCUCAAGAGUCCAAAGUUGUCUAACAUUUGAAAAUCAGGCAUUGUAAUUCAAUAUAUUAACAGAAUAAAGGAGAAAACCUAUAUGCUUAUCUCAAUAGAUAGAGAAAAAGCAUUUGACAAAAUUCAAUAUUUAUUUAUGAUAGAAUCUCUCAAUCAAAAUAGGAUUAAAAAGAACUCCCUGAAUCUGACAAAGCGCUUUUAUGAAAAACCUACAGCUAACACUUACAUACAUGGUGAAAAAUUAUAUGCUUUUUUUCUAAGAAAGGAAGUAAACAUAUUCACUCUUACUGCUUCUAUUCAACGUUGUUCUGGGGGCGAGGUCCUGGCCAAUGCAAUAGUGCAAGAAAAAAAAUGAAAGACAUAUAUGGAUUGAAAAGGAAUAUGACAAAAUCAUGCAUAAAUCCAAUAAAAUAUACAAAAUAGCUACUAGAAUUAGUAAGUGAAUUUGUUAUAGCUGCAGAACACAAGAUCAAUAUACGGAGUCAACCGAUUUAUUUAGUAACAAAAAAUGAAAUUUGAAAAAAAUACCGUUUACAAUAAUGCCAAUAAAUAUAAAAUUCUUAGAGAAAAAUUUUACAAAAUAUAUGCACUCCUUUUAUACUUAAAAGUGUCAAAUUUCUGAGAGAAAUUAAGGAACACCACAUCAUGGAUUGAAAGACUCAAUAUUAUUAAGAUGUCAGUUCUACUUAAAUUGAUUUAUAGAUAUAUUGCAAUUCGUAUCCAAAUUCAGUUAUCCUCUUUGUAGAAAUUGAUAAGAUAAUUCCAAUGUUACUAUGGAAAUAAAAAGGGCUUAAAAUAGCUAGAACAUUUUUUUUAAAACCAUGAAGAUGGAGAACUCACACUACUGGAUUUAGAGACAUACUAUAAAGCUACAGUAAUCAAGAUAGUGUAGUAUUGACCUGAGAAUAGAAUUUAAUCAAUGAAACAAAAUAGAGAUUCCAGAAAUAAAUGAAUGUACGCUUUUCUCCUAUAUAACUGUUUUUUGACAAGGGUGCCAUAAUAAUUCAAUGGGGAAAAGACAGUCUUCUCCACAAAUGCUCUGAAACAAUAAGAUACUCACAUGCAGAAAAAAACGAAGCUCACUUACCUCAUGCCACACACAAAAAGAAAUCAAAAUGUGUCAUAAACUGAAACAUUAAAUCCAGAUUUAUAAAAUUUGCCUUCUUUAGAGUCAGUAAAGAUUUCCUAAAUAGGACACAAAAGGCCAAAACCAAAGACAAAAUGGUUAAGUUGAACUUUAUCAAAAGAAAGAAUUCUACUCUUCAAAUGGGCACUAAUAUACUGAAAAUGUAAGCCAAAGCAUAAAAGGAAAUAUUUACAUUAUAUAUAUCUAACAAAUGGCUUGUAUCUAGGAAACUUAAGGAACUCAAAAAAUUUAAAAAUAACUUAAUCUACUAAAGAGCAAGAAAAAUAUUUGAAAAGACAAUCACAAAAGAAGAUAUAUGAUUUUCCAAUAAGGACAUGAAAAGAUAUUCAGUAUUAUUCAGUCAUUAGGAAAAUGCAAAUUCAAAACUACAGUGAGAUACCACUACAUAUCCACGGGAAUGGCUAAAGUUAUAAAGGCCAAUAAUGCCAAGAAUUGGUGGGAAUAUGGAGGAACUAGAACUCUCAUACAUUGCUAGUGCGCAUGUAAAAUCAUACAACCAUUUGGAAAACAAUACGGCAGAUUCCUCUUGAAAAAGAGUUUAAAAAGUUAAAUGCAUACUUCUCAUCUGAUGCAUCUCCAUGUUUAUGUAUUUACCCAAGAGAAGUGAAAACAUAUGUCCUGGAUAUACAAAGACCUACAACCAAAUGUUCUCGUUAGUUCUAUUCAUAAUAGCCAAAAUCUGUAAACAAUAAAUAAACAAAGUGUGUCAUAGCCAUACAAUGGAACACCACUCAGCAAUAAAAUGGAACAAGCUACUGAUACACCAACAAAAUGGAUAAAUCUCAGAUACAUUAUGCAAUAUACUAUGAACAAGAAGCCAGACAUAGUGGAGUGCAUACUUUAUGACAUCGUUUACGUGAAAUACUAGAAAAGAAAUCAGACCAGUGGCUGUCUGGGGCCAGGGAUGAAGGGGCAAUGCCAGGAGAGACGCACAAGAGAACCUUUGGGGAUGACAGAAAUGUUCUGUAGUUUGAUCAUGGUGUUGCUUACAUGCGUGUACAUAUUUGCCAAAAUUCAAGCCGUAUACUUAAAAUGGGCAUAUUUUAUAUGUAAUACAUACGAUAAUAAAACUGACUUUCAAAAAA